AUGGAUUUUGACGCCGAAAUCGCCCGUGCUUCUGACCUCAUUGCCGGCGGGGGAGUCGUGGCCAUACCCACCGAUACGUUGUACGGCCUGGCAGCAGAUGCGACCAAUCCGGAAGCAGUCGAAAAAGUAUUUGACAUAAAGGGUCGACCAUUUGAUAUGGCCCUGCCGGUGCUGGUUUCCAGUUGGGAUCAGGUGGAUCAGGUGGCGUUGGUAGACGGGCCGGUCGGCGAGAUGGCAGAGCGGGUAGCGAUCAAGUUUUGGCCGGGCUCGCUUACCCUGGUGCUGCCUGUGAAAGCGUCUGUACCCCAGCGACUGACCGCAGGCCGGGAUACCAUCGCGGUGCGGAUGCCGAACCACCGGGUUCCCCUGGCGCUGGCGUCCCGGUUGCGAACACCGAUCACCGGUACCAGCGCUAACCCAUCCGGCCAAGCAGAUAUCGCUGGCGUGGAUGAACUCCGGCGCUCUCUGGGCCGACUGGUUGAUGGUAUUAUUACGCUAGGACCGAAUCCGCUCGGUAUCGCCAGCACGAUCGUGGCUGUGUCGCAUAACGGCGUGGAACUAAUCAGGCCGGCAAUCCCAUACGAAGCCUAUCGUCAGGCGGUGGAUGCCGAGUUGAGAGACUUGCUGGGCGACCGCGCCGGGAUGCUGUACGACAUCCUCCGGUACCACCUGGGUUGGGUGGAUGAACGCGGCAAUCCGGCUCCUGGGGCCGCUACCCCGUUGCACGCACACGCUUUCAUGACCCUGAGCGUCGCCGACGCAGUGCGGGGCGAUUUUACCGGAGCGGUCUCGGCGGCGGCGGCGGUGGAGAUGGUAUACAACUUUGUGCUGGUUCACGGCGAUGUACAGGCCGGUCGUGUCGACCAGCGCAGUGACCGCCCCAGUAUCUGGUGGGUUUGGGGCCCAUCCCAGGCUAUCAACGCUGGUGAUGGCCUGCAUGCUCUGGCGCGUUCUUUGUUGAUGCGACUUCGCGACGUCGGCCUCCCCGCCGAGGAUGUGUUGGAAGCCUUGCGUUCCCUUGAUCAGGCUUGUCUUACCCUGUGCGAAGGGCAGUACAUGGAUUUGUCAUAUCAGGAUCAGUUGAUGGUGUCGGAGUCUGAUUACUUUGAUAUGAUUGCCCGCAAAUCCGGGUCCAUUGCCGGGUGUGCCGCUCAACUCGGAGCGGUAGCGGUGGGCGUCGAUGGUGAAACUGCAGCUGCCGCUAAAUUGUGGGGUACCAACCUGGGGAUGGCUUUGCAAAUUCGGCAGGACAUCGCAGAUCUUUGGGGCCAUUCGGGAGACGGGUUUACCGCCAGCAACGUGUUGAACAAGAAGAAAAGCCUUCCGCUGAUCCACGGACUGGGAAGCACGGCCACGUCGGUUAAACGCGAGCUCGGUGGCAUAUACAUGAAACGGGUUCUGGAAGCGGCAGAGCGCGCCGGAUCGUGGAGAUUCUCGACGAUGCCGGGUCCCGGGCUUACGCAGAAUCCAAAGCCGCGGAAUUGGUCGAAGCAGCCAGUUCGAACGUCCGCUCCGCCGCGGGUGGAAUGGCGCGUCCCGAGGCAAUGCACCAGGCUGCGGAUUGGGUGA